CCCGCCCCCGGCUCCCGGAAGCCAUGGCGCGGAACCUGGCGAGGUGGCUGGGUGGCUGCCUGCUGGUGUCAGCCUUGGGAAUGGUGCCACCUCCUGAAAAUGUCAGAAUGAAUUCAGUUAAUUUCAAGAACAUUCUACAGUGGAAGUCACCUGCUUUUCCCAAAGGGAAUCUGACUUUCACAGCUCAGUAUCAAAGUUAUAGGAUAUUCCAAGAUGUAUGCACAAGAGCUGCCUCGACGGAAUGUGAUUUCUCAAGUCUUUCCAAGUAUGGGGACCACACCUUGAGAGUCAGAGCUGAAUUUGCAGAUGAGCAUUCAGACUGGGUAAACAUCACCUUCUGUCCUGUGGAUGACACUGUCAUUGGGCCUCCUGGAAUACAAGUAGAAGUGCAUGCUGAUUUUUUAUAUGUGCGUUUCUCAGCCCCCCCAAUUGAGAACGAGCCUGAAACAUGGACCAUGAAGAAUAUUUAUGACUCAUGGGUUUACAAUGUGCAAUACUGGAAAAAUGGUACUGAUGAAAAGUUCCAGAUCACUCUUCAGUAUGACUUUGAGGUCCUCAGAAACCUAGAACCAUGGACAACUUAUUGUGUUCAAGUUCAAGGGUUUCUUCCUGAUCGCAACAAAACCGGCCAGUGGAGUGACCCUGUCUGUGAGCAAACAACUAAUGACGAGACGGUCCCCUCCUGGAUAGUCGCCUUGGUCCUCGUUGGGUGUGUCUUUGUGGCCGUCCUGCUGCUCCUGGGCUGUUUUGCUCUGCUGUGGUGCAUUUACAAGAAGACAAAGUAUGCCUUCUCCCCUGGGAACUCCCUCCCGCAGCAUCUGAAAGAGUUUUUGGGCCACCCUCAUCAUAGCACACUUCUGUUUUUCUCCUUCCCACUGUCUGAUGAGAAUGAGGUUUUUGACAAACUAAGUGUCAUUAUAGAAGACUCUGAAAGCAGCAAGCAGAACGCGAGUGACAGCUGCAGCUUCAGGACACUCUCUGAGGAGGGACCCUAGAGAUCAUCUCUGAGGCAGAAACACACUUGGCUGGACACAGUGACUCCUACUCCUCACAGCUGCCUCAGCCGGUGAUCAAAGCCACAAACAAGGCUGAAGCCAACCCCACCUCUGUAACUCCUGCUCCUCAGACUUGUGUAAAUGACCAAGGAGCUGACUGUAGAGGCUCACUUGGCAAAAACACUCCACCUUGGGAACUUACUUCUUUAUAAAGGUCUUAACAAUUUUCUUUUCUUUUUUUAUUUUUAACAAUUUUCUUUAAAAAGUUGACCAC